AGUUCUUGAGUGCACAUUGCAGCCAUCUUAAUUACACUUUAGUGCAACUGAGACAGUGCAGCUGUCUCAAAAUGGCUGCUAACCUAGUCUUUGUAGCUGCUUAGGCAGCAAGUAUGCCAGUGUGGAGACUUGUCACAUACAUCAAGACCAGAGAUUCAAAAUGGAUAGUGUAGAAGAACCUCAGAAAAAAGUCUUUAAGGCUCGAAAAACAAUGAGAGUGAGUGAUCGGCAACAGCUUGAAGCAGUAUACAAGGUCAAAGAAGAACUGUUGAAAACUGAUGUCAAGCUGUUAAAUGGCAACCAUGAAAAUGGAGACUUGGACCCAACCUCCCCUUUGGAAAAUACGGAUUAUGUUAAUGACAAGGACGAAGUGAAUGGCAUUGAAGAACUUUGCUUUGACCCUCAAAAAAGUAAAUCAGAAUGGAAAGAAACACCUUGUACCUUAAAUGUUAAUGUAAAAAACAAGCCAGAUGAUGAUUUAAAGUGUGAACCUUUGUCUCCUAAUAAUAUAAUUCCUGAACUACCCUCUAAACUGACUGCUGAACACGCUUCUGGUGAUCCAGCCUCUGGUGACCUGGCUACUGCAGACCUGGCCUCUGGAGAUUUGGCCUCUGGAGAUGUGGCCUCUGCAGUAUUAACCUCUCGUGAUUCCACCUCUGGUGAUUCCACUUCUGAUGAACCUGCCUCUGGUAAUCCCUCCUCUAAUGAUCCCCCCUCUGGUGAGCCGGUUUCUGGUGAGCUGGUCUCUGGUGAGCUGGUCUCUAGUGAGCCAGUGUCUGGUGAGCCAGUGUCUGGUGAGCCAGUCUCUGGUGAAACAAUGUCCAGUGAACCAGUGUCUGAUGAACUGGUCUCCAGUAAACCAGUCGAUGGUGAACCAGUCUCCGGUGAACCGAUCUCCAGCAAUCAGGUCUCUAAUGAUUCAGCAUGUGAUGGUCUGGCCUCUGGAACACUGGCCUCUGAUGAUGUUCCCGCGUCUGGUGAUUUGCCCUCUGGUGAUCUGGCCUCUGGUGAUUCAGUCUCUGAUGGAACAAUUUCUGAUAAACCAACUUCUGAAUCAGCCUUUGAUCCCACCUUUGAACCAAGUUCUGUACCAGUUUGUGAACCAGUUCCUGAAACUGACAAUACAGAGCCUACUAGCAAUAAAGGUGAUGAUUUUCUUGAAAAAAAUAGGGAUGAUGAAAAGUUAGACAAUGACACCACCGUUUUCUCAUCUGAUGAGAAAAAUAAAGCUGAUAAUAAUAUUGAUGCUAAUGAAGAAAUUCUAGAAACAGAUGAUACAAUUAUUUCUUCAGAUCUACCUCCUGAAAAUGAAAAGAAGGUAGAGGAAGAUGCUAUCACAGAACCUGCUCUUGGAGAGGAGGCUAUAUCUAGCAGUAUGGAAAUUGACCAAAAUGAAAAGAAUGAAGAUGAAAAUCCUAAAGUCCUUACAGAAGCCAGUAGUGAAAAUGUUAUAAAAGAUGACAAAAAUGAGAAUAUCAUAGAAAAUACAGAUUCUAUGGAGACAGAUGAAAUUAUUCCUAUUUUGGAAAAGCUUGCACCUGCUGAAGAUGAACUCACUUGCUUCUCGAAAACUUGUCUCCUUCCAAUUGAUGAGACAAAUCCGGAUUUGGAAGAGAAGAUUGAAGGUUCUUUUGGUUCACCGUCUAAACAAGAAAGCAGUGAGAGUUUGCCAAAAGAAGCCUUUUUGGUCCUCUCUGAUGAAGAGGAUAUUUCAGGUGAAAAAGAUGAGCCUGAAGUUAUAUCACAAAAUGAGACACCCUCUCCAGAAGUAGAAAGUAAUGAAAAGGACAGCAAACCUGAGGAAGAAGAGCAAGCAAUACACGAAGACGAAAGACCUCCUGAGAAAAUUGAAUUUUCCAGAAGAAAACGUUCUAAAUCAGAGGACAUGGACAAUGUACAGUCCAAACGCCGUCGAUAUAUGGAAGAAGAAUAUGAGGCAGAAUUUCAAGUAAAGAUUACAGCCAAAGGAGAUAUUAACCAGAAGCUACAAAAGGUUGUACAGUGGUUGCUGGAAGAAAAAUUGUGUGCGCUGCAGUGUGCUGUAUUUGAUAAAACUUUGGCAGAAUUGAAAACACGAGUGGAAAAGAUUGAAUGUAACAAGAGGCAUAAAACAGUUCUUACUGAACUACAGGCCAAGAUAGCCAGGUUAACCAAACGCUUUGGAGCAGCCAAAGAAGAUCUUAAGAAAAGACAAGAAAAUCCACCAAACCCACCUGUAUCUGUAACACCGGGAAAGUCUGGAGGUGAUGUCAACAGCAAUAACAAUGUGUCCUACAGAAAUGCAGGCACAGUGAGACAGUUACUGGAGUCCAAAAGAAAUGUAAGCGAGAGUACAACGCCGUCCUUUCAAACCCCUGUAAACACAGUAUCUUCAGCCAAUCUUGUCACUCCUCCAACAGUUGUCAGUAGUCAACCCAAAUUGCAGACUCCAGUGACUUCGGGUUCUCUGACAGCAACGUCAAUUCUUCCUGCACCCAACACAGCUACAGUAGUUGCUACUACUCAGGUGCCUAGUGGAAAUCCCCAACCUACAAUCUCUUUACAACCUUUACCGGUGAUUUUGCAUGUACCUGUUGCGGUAUCCUCCCAGCCUCAGCUCCUGCAGAGCCAUCCAGGGACUAUAGUGACCAAUCAACCAUCUGGCAACGUUGAAUUCAUUUCUGUCCAAAGCCCGCCUGCAGUGAGUGGUCUCACCAAAAACCCAGUAUCCUUGCCAUCCUUGCCAAACCCCACUAAACCCAACAACGUCCCUUCUGUGCCCAGCUCUAGUAUUCAAAGGAACUCUCCUGCCAGUGCUGCACCCUUAGGAACAACACUUGCUGUGCAGGCCGUUCCAACAGCACACUCUAUUGUACAAGCCACAAGGACUUCUUUACCCACGGUGGGCCCAUCAGGACUCUAUAGUCCAUCAAAUAACCGAGGUCCUAUACAGAUGAAGAUUCCAAUUUCUGCUUUCAGUACUUCAUCACCUGCAGAACAGAACAGCACUUCUACCCCAAGAAUUGAAAACCAGGCAAACAAAACAAUAGAUGCUUCUUCUGUUAAUAAGAAAGCAGCUGAUAGUACAUCGCAGAGUGGAAAAGCCACAGGCAGUGAUUCUGGUGGUGUCAUUGAUCUCACAAUGGAUGAUGAAGAGAGUGGAGCUUCUUCACAAGAACCUAAAAAGGUAAAUCACACUCCUGUGUCAACCAUGGGUUCUUCUCAGCCCGCGUCUCGACCAUUGCAGCCCAUCCAGCCAGCACCACCUCUUCAGCCAUCUGGGGUGCCAACAAGUGGACCAUCUCAGACAACGAUACACUUACUACCUACAGCUCCAACCACCGUGAAUGUAACACAGCGUCCAGUAACUCAGGGGACCACGAGACUUCCUGUACCAAGAGCUCCUGCGAACCACCAAGUGGUUUAUACAACUCUCCCAGCACCACCAGCUCAGGCUCCCCUGCGAGGAACUGUUAUGCAGGCUCCUGCUGUACGGCAGGUCAAUCCCCAAAACAGUGUCACAGUUCGAGUGCCUCAAGCAACUACAUAUGUUGUAAACAAUGGACUGACCCUGGGAUCAACAGGACCUCAGCUCACAGUGCAUCACCGACCACCACAAGUGCAUACUGAGCCCCCACGCCCUGUGCACCCAGCACCCUUGCCAGAAGCCCCACAACCACCGCGUCUGCCCCCAGAAGCUGCCAGCACAUCUCUGCCUCAGAAGCCACACUUGAAGUUAGCACGAGUUCAGAGUCAAAAUGGCAUUGUACUGUCAUGGAGUGUCCUGGAAGUGGAUCGAAGCUGUGCCACAGUUGACAGCUACCAUCUCUAUGCUUACCACGAGGAACCCAGUGCCACUGUGCCCUCACAAUGGAAAAAGAUUGGAGAGGUAAAGGCACUUCCUUUGCCCAUGGCAUGCACUCUCACCCAGUUUGUAUCUGGCAGCAAAUACUACUUUGCAGUCCGAGCCAAGGAUAUUUAUGGACGUUUUGGACCUUUCUGUGAUCCUCAGUCAACAGAUGUGAUCUCUUCUUCCCAGAGCAGUUAAACCUUGGAGCCUUUUUCUCUUCCCCUUUGAAAAGUUCCACUUUUUGGUCAUGUUUUGAUCUUGUGCAUGAUUCUCAUUGUCAAAUCCACAUUGUGCAAGAUUUCUUGGACAGGUGUGUAUAUACACUACAUUUGUUUAUAAUCAGAGUAAAAUAAAUUUAGCCGAUAAAGCAAGUCUCUUUCCCUGGACAAUUCAAGCUUCAAGGUUUUGAAAUGUAAAUGUGCACCUUUCUUUAGUUUUGAGGCUGGGGAAUAUGUGUGGGUGUUUGUGCGUGUGGUUUUUCCUCCCCUAUUUAUAUGUUUAUUGCAGUGGAAUCUCCAUUUUCAUUCUCAGCUUUACCUCUCUUCCAAUAUAAAGUAGUUAGAUCAAAGGAUCUGAGGUCUGUAUCCUGUGUGAUUCUGCUUCUAAGGGAUCUGUAGGUACAUAGUUAAAUGAUUUAACCAGAAUCUAAACAAAACCCAAAGAAAGAAAUAAAAGUCAAAAUGGUUAAAUAGUUUAAAAUAGGUUAAUGUGAACACAGGAAAGCAUCUGUUCAUCUUUUCUUUGGUCUCUUCUGGGUUGUUCAUUAGGUGGAAAAAAAUCUGCAACGGCCCUUCCCUUUCCUAAUCUGACUUUACGUUUAUUUUGUGCCUUAAAGAUUAACUACAAAAAUAAACAUGGCCAUUUGUCCAUUGUUGUUUACUCUUCCCUUUCAGCCUUUCACCCUUCAUCUUCCCUUCCUCAUCACAAAAUAUAGUGCAGUCCCCUGCUGCUUUGUUUGCAAGGGUUGAUGGCUUGUAAUCAGAAGCAUUCUAGUUGUGAAGUCUUUAGAGACUUUCACUGGUCAGUGUACUGUCAUGUUAUGUGUGAAGUUUGAUGCUGAAGAAAGCCUACAGAUUGCCAAAGUGUAAAUGCUCCAAAACCUUCAUUUUACUUCCAGAAAAUGAUACCACAAUGAGAAUUAAAGUUUCCAUGAAUCAAAUUUGCCAAGCAACUGUGUAGAAGUUCCUCAUCCUAGAACUAAUGAUGAUGGUAAAGAAGUUGCCAAUGUCAUGCCAAUGAAAAUUUCAAAAGGGAGAUACUUUCUAGAUGUAUAUGAACACCUAUCUAUAUCUGCAUGUAUAUAUGUUUUUACCUGCAAGGGUUGCAAUGUUGAUUAUGUGUUCAAGAUCAUUCCUGUCUACUGAAUAGAAAGCCCAUGUUCAAAAUUGUUCUUUAUUGGCCGGUUUUAUGGUCAUGUGAUAAUAAUUUGCUCACCUAGCCUAAAAAAGGUUACCCUGGUGAAUGUUUUUAUUUAUAUUUACUAAUCCUUUCUUUCUUUUUUUUUUUUGAAGCUGUCAUAGCCUUAUGUAAUCAGGUUAAGAAAGCUAAGUAGAGUGAAAAUAGCGUGUUAUUUUAGUCCACAUUAUGUUUUCUGUCAAAGAAAAAGAUUCUCAGAUAGUAAUCUUAAAAAUAGAUUUACUACAGUAAAAUAAAACUUUUUAUUCCAGAUAGUGGAAGGAAGGUAUAAGGAAAGACUGUAAUUAUUUAAGGAGAAAGCAAGCAUAUUGUAAGAUGGUCUCCUCAAAUUAGCCUGCCAUGGGAUUUAUAGGCAACAACUAUAUUGGGUUUACUGAGCGGUGCUAGGCUAGAACUCUAGACUUAUAUUUGGGGCAGGAUUUAAUAUUGAUGAGCACUUUUUGUUUGGGUUGUUUCUUUUGGGAGAGAAAAGGGAGGACUCAACUAGAAAUAGCUACUGAUUAUAGACUUUUUUGUAGCAGUUCACACCCUAUGGUACCUUUUUAUUUCGUGGUACCUUUUCACAAAGUAUUACAAAUAAGCUUGAUUAUCCCAUUUUGGGAAUGCAAGUUUGGUACAUUUUUACCAUGACAAUACUUGUGUAAGUAUUGCCUUGUUGGAAAUCAUGGAAACUUUUAAUAUUUCAACCCAAAAUGUGGGAUAUUUAUAUGGCAUUUAACGGUAACAGUGAUGUUUGUUACUCUCUACUUUGCACUUUGUCAGAGUAAUUUUCACCCUGUUUUAAGUGUGAGUAAGCCUCUUUUCAAAAUUAUGUUAUUGCCAGUAAAUUUAUAAAUUACAUACAAUGACAACAUCUGUGAACAGUUAACUUGAUGAGGUAACUAUAUCUCUCUAGUUCACUGGACUCCCUUUUUAAAAUAUGCAGAAUAUUGUGUGCUGUUUAACACAGAAGUUUAUGAAAGAAGCGAAGAGUAUAACUUUGUUCCUUGAAAAGUAAGUGUUUAUUGGGAUACCAUUUGCCUCACAGAGAGGUGUUCCCCACUCUCUCCACCCCCAUUGUUGGGUAAUAAAUGAAAAGUUUAAUUGAAUAAAAAGUCCUAGAGCAAGGAGCUUAGAAUCUUUAGGUAGAUUUCUCUCUGCAGAACUCCUUAAGCAGGCUGCACCAUACAGUUCUCUUAACUGUAAUGCAGAAGUGUUAACUUAGUUUUUGUUGUUUGCUCUUUUGCUUACAUUUUCAAAAUUAUCAUUUAUGCAGCAAGGUGAGUGUUAAUAUUGCAUGAUAUGCAUUUAUCUUGUUCCACGAAUUUUCCAGUACUGUACAAGAUUAACAAACAAUGCCUGUGGUAUCCUCCUCGCUUUUAUACAUGUGAUCUUAUAACUCAGUAGAAUACUGCAAAGACCUUCCAAGUGUUCUUGCUGACUUUCCUUCUUGGGCUAUUUCAGUAUCCUAUGAUUCAUUUGUUGUUUUAUCAUUGACCAGUCAUUGGCCCAUUUUAUUCUAAUUUCCAGAAAACCGUGUCCCAGUAUUAGAUUAUUGCAAAUAACUCUUAUAUAAAACCAAUGUAUGAUUCUGCCUUCCUUACUGGGCAAAUGAUGCCCUUUUGCUCCUCUUUUUAUUUUACAUUUUGGGAUUAGAACAAUCCUUAUGAGGUGUUUUGUUAGUGUGGCAGACUUAUGUAAUUCCUAAAAUUUAUUCCCCAGCCAGUGGGGAGGAAUAGGACAAUACAGUUUUAUCAUGCUAAAUAAGAUUUUCUUUCUUUUUUUUAAAUUUGUAGCGUCAGCUAAAUACCCAUCAUUUAUAUUUAAAUGCUGUCUUUUUUAAAGUUUUGUUUGUAAAUAAGGUAACUGGGCAAUCAAACGUUUACCUUUUGGGGAUCCUGGGUUUAGUAUUUCAUCAGCCAUUUCAAAACUAAAUAUAAAAAUAAGUUCUUUGUAGGAAACUUGCAUUCUGAUUUUUCUUUAUUGCAGUUGAAAGUGUAAAUAAUAAGACAAUGUAAGACCUUCCUGAUGUCUAAUUUAAACUGGGCUAUAGCAAGUUGCCCUAUUUUUAUUAGGUUUUAAAGGUUUUGUGUUUUGUUUUGUUUUUUCUUUUCUAAAUGUACAGUAGACUGGCGUCUGUAUAAGUGUUAACUGUAGUGGGGUUUUGUCCAGCAAGCCUGAAAUUUAUACUUUGAAAUAAACUACUGGGUUUUUAACAUUC